AUGAUCUUGAUGUUAAAUACAGUAAUUGAAUCUAAUGAUGAAUAUUUUAUUUAUGAUGAUAAAAACAUUUUUACUUCAACUUUGUCACAUGGCAUUUUUUCUUAUAAAAUAACAACUAAUAAUAGCCAGUUUGAUGAUGAAUCAGAUGAAUCAGAUAAUUCAUCUGAUUCUUUAAAAUUAGUUUCAGGACUUAACUUUUAUAACUAUGAAAAAUUCAAAACUUGGUUGAAUAGAUUUGCAUUAGAGACUGGUUUUAAUUAUAAAGUUAGAACAAGUAAAAUAAAAGAUGAUGUGAUAAGAAGAACUACUUAUGAGUGUAUUAAGUCUGGUUUUUAUGUUUUGCAAAUUAUAUCAAACCCAACAAAAAGGCAUAAUACUUGCUCUUAA